CAGGAAGCGCGCUCCAGGAAGAAGCGGCUGCAGCUGAGCUGCGGCGAGUGUCGCAGGAAAAAGCUCUCCUGCGACAGAGGCCGGCCGUGCCGCAGAUGCGUCAGGACGGGCAGAGCAGACCAAUGCGAGUUUGAGACCAACCCGCGUUCAGCGCUGCUGCCCAUCGACCAGGGUGCGCAGCUGGAACAGAUCAAGUCCGACCAGGCCGAACUUCAGAGCCUGCGGGCUGAGAUCUUCCAGCUCAAGGAGCUGCUCUCACGGCCUCUGGCGCCUCCUCCGCCUCCAAGUCACCCUCAGCCUCAGCCUCAGCCCCAGCCCCAGCUACAUCCUCACCAUGGCAGAGGCUCCCUCACGGAAGACUCGCGCGUCAGCGACUUCUCCUCCAAAAGAAGCAGUGAGAUGGAAUCCAAGGACAUUGUUCUUUUCAGAGGUAAUCUCGCGCCUGACUCUACCGUGCUUACCGUUGAUUGUUUUAACCCGGCGCAACAGAUUCCACAGCUGUUUCCAUUCAUCAAGGAGAUUGCCGACCAGUGGCUGAAGCCCUAUGGAAUCUACAUCAAGAAGAACAAGGUCGCCAAAGAUGAGAGCUGGAGGAUGAAGAUGGCAGCCAACGAGCAGCCUCUGAUUGAAGGCCUCUUGCCGCCAAAGCAUGACACGGACGUUCUGAUUGCGAUAUACCUUGAUCAUUUCGAGCAACUGCAUCGCAUUGUCCACAUCCCGACCUUCAACAGGGAGUAUAUCAACUUCUGGACGCCCGGCCGACCGCGGUACCCGACAAUGGCAGCAAUGAUACUCGCCAUGAUCUCCGUGUCGGUCUGUGCCUCCGUCCACCUUGUUGGCUCUUCGCCAGUCCCUGCCAGCUAUCGAAAAAUGGCUGAGACGUGGAUUUCCGCCAUCGAUGACUGGCUGCGACUGCAAAGCACAAAGCACCGCAAGCUCGUGCACUACCAGGUGGCCAGCUUGAUGUACAUUGCCAAGCGGAUGAACCUGGUAGGGAAGAAGAGGUUCUGGAAAGAUACGGGCUCCAUGAUCCAGGACGCAAUCAUGGAUGGCUUAAAUCGCGAUCCUUCACUGGCAGAUACCUUCUUCAUCAGGGAGAUGAAGCGACGGCUGUGGUACACCGUCCGAGAGCUGGAGCUUCAGAACUCGUUUGAAUGCGGCUUGCCCACUCUUCUUCAUACGAUUGAGUCGAAUGUCACAGCGCCGCUCAACCUUGCUGAUGAAGAUUUUGACGACACAACGAAGCUGACGCCCAUGUCGAGGCCGUCCAAUUCCUACACGGAGUCUUCGUACCAGUUCCACAGCUUCCGAAGCUGGGAGUUGCGUCUCGAGCUGUCACGACGUCAGUUUGGUUCCGGAGUUUUCAGGCCUCUCGAUUAUGACGACGUUUUGCGGUACACACACGAGAUCACACGAGCAUUGAACGAUCUCCCUCCGUGGAGCAAUGACAGGACUGACAGCAAAACUGAUGGACGGGUGCUCCUGUCGUACUCGAUGCUGGAGUUUCAGCUCAAGGAGUGUCUCCUGGCCAUCCAUCGGCCAUAUGUGGACAGGGAAGGCGGCAAAUACCCCAUCUCGGAAACGAUCUGUUACCAGACAGCGCGAGAAAUACUGCUUUCCAACAUACAGCUCGCAGCCUUGGGAGUUCAAAGUCUGACACAACUCCGCGAAGACCUUGCAAUUGCUUCGCUGCACAUGACUCGCCUUACACUCAUGCAACACCAAGAAGGUUCCAACAGCAUCAUCAUGGUCAAUGCCUUGUCGACUGUCGACCUGCUGGAGCAGUGCCUCCCGGCCAUUGAGGAUAAAUAUCUGCGGUUCGCCGACCCUUGGAGCUUUUUCAUGAUGUGUACAGCCAUUAUGUUGAUCAAAAUACACCUCGGAAAAGAGACUCGCCAAACUGCCAAGGCGGCUUGUGCACGCAGAUUUCUGGAUCUGUACUACAAG